AUGGCUGACGCUGUUCAGACCGCCCCAUGGGGUAUCAAAGAGAUCGUCAGCAUUUCUCUCAUUGCACCCUUUCUUCUCGCAGGCGCCCUCGAGUCAGUCCUUUGGGUGGCUGCUUUCUGCUAUUGCCUCACCAAAGCGUUCAUAAAGGCUGACCACUGGUCGCAAAAGAUUCUCUCAGUCGUCAUGGCCACGUUGUUUUGUAUCAUCAGGGGAAUAUUUCUUCCGGUGGUGCUCGUCACGCUGCCUUUGCCAGGCCGUAUCACAGACUACUUUCCUGAUCUGUUGGUCGAUAUCCUGCACAAUUUUGCCUUCUACACUUUCGCCGGCAUGCUCUGUGUUCCUUGGCUGGUUUCCAUUUUCCAAAUCGUCGUCACACCCCUGGGACGAAAGAGCAGGAUAAAAUAUGCUCUCAACGAGCACUCAGCGCCCAAGGUUGUUGUUGUCAUGCCCAUCUACAAAGAGCCCCCAGAUACCCUGUGGACUGCGCUCACCUCUGUUGUGUCGUCGGAAUACCCCGGAGCUUGCAUACAUGUGUUUCUUUCUUUUGAUGGCGAUAGCAUAGACGAGCUCUAUCUGAAGACCAUCGAUCGUCUGGGCGUACCUGUCACCCUGAAAGAGUUCCCGAAGUCGAUAGACGUUGCAUAUCGGGGAGUUCGUGUCACAGUCUCGCGAUUUCCUCAUGGUGGCAAGCGGCAUUGCCAGAAGGCCACUUUUCUACUCAUCGACAAAAUCUACAAGCGAUACUUGCAACAAAGCGACGAUCUGUUCAUGUUGUUCAUUGACUCGGACUGCAUUCUCGACCCGGUCUGCAUACAGAACUUUAUGUAUGACAUGCAACUCAAUCCACGUGGUAAAAAUGCCAUGCUGGCCAUGACGGGAAUCAUCACAUCCCGGACAGACAAGCACUCAUUCUUGACACUCAUGCAGGAUGUGGAAUAUCUUCACGGGCAGUUGUUUGAAAGAUCGAUUGAGUCGGCAUGUGGAUCCGUGACAUGCUUACCAGGAGCACUUACCCUUCUGCGAUUCUCAGCCUUUCGAAACAUGGCAAGGUUUUACUUUUCCGAUCGAGCUGAGACGUGUGAAGACUUGUUCGACUAUGGAAAGACGCACCUGGGCGAGGAUCGCUGGUUGACCCAUCUUUUUAUGGUGGGAGCCAAAAAAGCGUACCAAAUCCAGCUGAGCACGAGUGCAUUUUGCAAGACAGAGGCUGUGCCGACUUUUCGCUCUCUCAUGAAACAAAGACGUCGAUGGUUUUUGGGCUUUAUCACCAAUGAGUUGUUCAUGAUAUAUGCGAUAUUCACAGCUGGGCAAAGAACAUGGGGCGGCCCUAGAGCAGACGCAGGGGUCGCAGACGCAGGGACCACACCUCAACAGGCGAUUGAGCACGCCAUUGAGACUGGAGACGAGUUGAAUGUCAAGCCCGAGACCUUCAAACCCGCGGUGCAAGUGCGAAGGCGGCGUGUGAGACCUUCAAUGCUGCACCCAUCUUCAAGUGUUGAAGGACGAUUUGUUCCUGCCGAACCUGGCCCAAGUCAAGUCUGGGACAAGGGAGCCGCAUCCCCCACUGGGUCUGAGACCGAGAUGAGCGAGCACUUGCGCAGAUGGGAGCACAAUUCUCUUGACAUGAGUGACGCCGAGGGUAUUUCGGUACACACACCUCAACGCGUCACAAGUAUCUCAGGCGAAGAUUACGGGCUGAGGACGCAGGUCGACGGCAUGGCUGAACAUGAUCUUGCAGAUUACAGUUCUGGGUGGUCACAGCAGUCCAGUCUUGAAUUCAACAUUACGAGGCGAAGCACAGUGACGGAUGGCGGCUCAUAUCCGCCCUCGGCUUACCCCCGACCACGGUCCAGUCAUUAUGGCGGAAGCAGAACACGAUCGGUAUCUUUGGGGGUGGCCGAUUCUCGGAAACUGUCGAGCUCGUCAUAUGAGCUAUCUACUCGACAAAGCAUUAGAGACAGUAAAGUGCCGCCCGAGCACAGGAGUUCAUUGGGCAGGAUAACUCCAAUGACAGCUGUGCCGAUUGAAGAUGACCACUUGAGUUUGCACGGGGAGUAUGCAUUGACGAGGACAGAAGUAGACAGCGAGGCUGAGGAGAAUGUGCGUUGGACUUCGAAGCGGCAAAGGAAACGGCUUCAAAGAGGCCGAAGCCCAUCAAGCAUGGUUUAG